AUGAAGCGACCAAAACAUAAUGCGCCUCAAUCGAUUGAGGAUUCAAUUCAGAGAGGUUUUCAUCAUGAUGGAGGAGCAAGGAUGAUGGUGGAUGAUGAAGCCUUAAAUGAAAUAUCCGACCGAGAGGAACAAAAUGAAUACAUUAUGUAUGAGGAAGAAAUAUACGAAAGCAGCAGCGAUGAUGAUCGGGGUCAGUUGAAUCAUGUUGGGGAUGACGGUGAUGAACAAUUUCAUCAUCUCACCUCCAACAGGUCCUCAUCGUCAGACGAAGAUAAUAGGCAAGACAUUCAAAUUAAAGUGCAGGCAAGAAAAGCCCUCAAAGAUUCCAAACACUUCCUUCAUUCAACUACCAGGAAUUUGGAACAUAAAAUUACCUUCUCUCAAAAUAAUUCCUUAAUGAAUAAGAUGCUUGAAAGUAGAGCUCGGAACAAGAGUGUUUCCAUUGAAAAGUUGCUUCAACAAAUGAUGAAUCGAAAUUCAAGGGACUGGUUUCUUGACUUGUCGUUUGAGCAAUGUUAUUCCAAAAUACGAAAUGCCAUGAGAGAAAUAACAUUUAAAUCUGAAAGAAACAAAAAGAGAACAACAUCUUCAAAGAGUGAAGGGAAAAAUAAUGCCCUCAUCAACUUGGACAAGAUAGAUAAGCCUAAGAAACAUUUUCAACAUUCAUCGCAUCAAGCUCUGGAUGCUAAUGAUGAGACAACUAUGACAAUGAUGUCCAAGAAACAACACAAGGAAAAGAAACAUGCAAGAACCGAUAAUAGAAAUCAUCGUGAAAAUCCAGAAGGACCUCCCACCUCCGUUACCACUCCAAGAAAGCCCCUUCAUAAAGCGCCGUCCAAACAAUUACCUAAAAAACAGAAGAAAUCUCGACCAGUCAAACCCUAUCAAGCCUCAGAGGAAGAAAUGAUCGCUCUCGAGAGUUAUUUUGGACCUGAGAUGGCAAUGGAAAUUCUACAACAUGCUGACAUUUUUGUGAGCUUUCAAAAAUUCUGGAGAGCAAAUCGAAAGUAUCGAUUCAAUAGAAAAGUUCAAGAACUUCGAAGCAUGUUUCAAACCACACUUUUCGAAAUGGAACGAGCCAAACUGGAAAACUAUGACACGGAAGACUAUGCUCGACAAAUCAAGUACUUGGCAGCUCAAUUCUGUGCUGAAAUGAAUCCUUCCAAACCUUACACGCCAGGACCAUUGAAACAGUCACAACUCAAGCAUGAUAAGCAUAGCUUUCUUCACAGAAAAGAAGAUCCAACCUUUCUAAAGAAAGUAAAGAAAAAGAAGAAGAGAGAAAGCAACAAUACGACGAGUCCUCCUCAGCAGCAGCCAUCGAUCGAUGAUCCAACAAUGCAUGAGCAGCCAGCGGUCACAACUACACCCUUAAGAAGCGAUUCCUUUGAGGGAGUAUCACCUUCAAGUACUGAACACACUUCACCUAAUAAUGAACAACAAACGACCAGUUCCACUCCAAAAAGAACUCCUCCCAUUCCGUCUCCAAGCUCUGCAUUCAAGUCGCCUGUGAAAACGAUUGGCUCCAUUUCUCCCAAACAUUUGACGCAGAGCUCGAACAAUAAUCCAGAAAUUGUUCAACCUACCACGCCAAAACGCAUGAUGCCCCGAAAAACCUUCUCAAGUAGAGUUUUUAAGAUUCAAACAAAGCUUGGCAGCAACAACAACAACAACUCUGAUUUACAGGACUCACCUGAAGCAAAGUUCACAUUUGAUGAUGCUCUUGAUAGUUCCGAAAAGGAUCUGAUUGAAUCAGACAACAAGAAUGAAUCCGUCCACACCUCAUCCACUUUGGCAUCGAAUGUGGACUGUGGAUCACCAAGGCAAACUUUGGACGGUUUUUCUCAUGCUGACAAUGCAAGUUCCGUUGAAAUACAUGACAUGAAGGAACUUUCAGGUACUAAUAUCCGUACGUCAUGUGAAGAGAAAGACAUGAACCAGUCUUUGGAAAAUGUGCCAGAAAACGAAGACGUCAACAUUUCAAGGUUAUCGCAGAUUCCUCCUCUCUCACCCAUUCUUAGAAGAGCACCACCUCCUCCUGUUACAGAUGAUCAGGCAGAGCAGGAUGAAACAAAAUCGAGUGAAGGUCUGUUAGAUCAAUCAGGAACGUCAGUGGACAAUCAUCAAAGCUCUGACAAUGAAGAUGAAAUUGUUGAGCGUAGAGAUGACCUUGAGUCUGAAGACCGUGUCAAUCAAUCGUCUUUUAGUGAAGACGAAUCUACUAGCUCUGCUGACCUUGAGUUUGAACAAAAACUCCAAAUGGAGAGCAAGUAUUUUAGUCCCAAAAUACUCUUUAUGGAGUUGGAAAAAGCAAAUCACAACAGGUUGUCAAGUGAGGUAUCGAGUGGUCCAAAUUCUGACUUGAGUGAUGAAGAAAAAUUCAAGGAAUUACACAUUCUCCACAAAACAGACGAUGACGAUUUCCUUCCAAACACACAAAACCUAAUUACAACCCCCUCAUUUGAAAAUGGCUCUGAAAGAAAAUCUUUCAAACAUUUAGAAUCAAAGGCAGGGUCAGCAUUAAUGGAACCAAAUUCAAUAUUUAAGAAACUCGGCACGUCAAACAAUUCGAGAGACUCACAAGGAAAUGAUAAUAAUUCACCUCCUUCAAGGGCGGAACUGCCACCCUUAGAUCCAAUUGGAGUCACACUUAGCAGAAACACUUCGUCUUUGUCGCAAGAGGGCUCCUCCACACCUCGACCGCCAUCAAGAAAACCUCCCCAGCCAUCACUGUCGCUGGAGGAACUUGUUGAGAGAGAUCGUACUCGCUUUGCAGAGAUUGAGAACUUGGUCUUCUCCUCCGAUGAAUCGUCAAUUAUAUUCCAAUUUGAUAGAAAUUUCGUAUAUUCGGGGUUCAAAAACUAG